AGAGUAUCGUAACUCAAAAAAAUCUAUUUUUGAGUUAGAUGCACCAUCGGAUUCAGAAGGUUCAACUCUAUACUGUGCAAAAGUAUCGUAACUCAAAACCUCAUAUAACAUCUGUUAUUAAGAAAAAAAUACUAUUGCAUGAUUGAGAUAUCAUCGAUCAACGUGGAGCAAUAGUAUCCUAUUUUGAGUUGGGUUAGUCUUGAAUAGAGAAACAUGCUUGUAGAAUGCAAUACUAUCGUAACUCAAAAUCCGAUAGUCUUGCAUGAUGACAUGUGUUUGUGUUUCCCCAUGUUCUCAUAGUUACGAUGCUUGAUUGGUGGCUUGGUUCUGUUUGUAAAGGUGAGGUUAAGUUGUAAAGCUAGGUUAAUCUUCACACGUGCAGAAUAACUAUUUAUUAUUCUAAUUUGAACGAGUAGUGAAUUACAUUAUUUAUCAUAAAAAUAUUGGAAUUAUGGAAUUUUAUUCCCGUGGCAUUAAGAUACGUAACUUAGCCAUUAAAGUGGCAGAAUCGGAUUUUAGAGAUGAUGGAAAAAGUGAUUGUUUUGAAUCUAAUAUUGAAGCUCCAGUUACCUACAUGGAAUUAACAUCAGUCAACAAGAACUUGAGUGAUGAACAAACUUCAACAAUAACAAUGUAUACUGAAAGACAAGCUGAAUGUGUGACUAAUUUAUCAGGAGAUGUAUCUACUACAGAAAGAGACAAAAAAACUGCUGAUUUGGAAGGAUUAAAAUCUGCAUUCAUUGCUCCAAUAAAAGAUAUUGUAAUGGCAGGCCAUAAUAGUGAAUGCAACCAAAAGAGUGUUCCUCAUACAUCAGAAGAUGAAUCUGCAUCAUUCGAAGCGGAAAUAAAUAGAAGAGCUACUGAUAGUUUGGGAGGAUUCAUUUCUCAAGCUCAAAACACUCUUACAUACAACAAACCAAACUUUGACUCAAUGAAUGACACCUCAGCUUCUUCAGAAGACUAUGACAGUGACAGAGACCCCGAGUGGAUGCCCAAUUUAUUGGAAGAUGGACCUCAUUCCUUCUGUGAAGCUCCAAAAACAAGUGAUGAGAAUUAUUCUAUGCAUGAUACUCCUUCAGCUGAGAUUGACAGAAAUAUGACUAAUGAAUUGAGGGCAAAUCUAUCAGAAACUGAACCAGAAGGUGAAAAUAACAGCCAAAUAGCUGACGGUUUGGAAGGUCUACAGCAACCUCAUACAUCUAUCGAAGCUGAUCUCUCUGAUGAAACAUGUGAUGAAACUACAAGCAAAAAGAGGAGUCGGAAACGAGUACGAAAUUCUUCACAAUGGCAAAGAAACAUCAAGAAAGCAAAAUGCAAUCGUGGUGAGCAGUACAUUAAUAGUUCCGGACAGAUAGUGGAAGCUAGGACAUUAAAACAGCCAUGUGGAGAAAAGUGCAGGCAAAAAUGUACAAGCAGAAUUACUGAAGGAGAACGAGAAUCAAUUUUGAAAAGUUUUUGGGGUUUAGGAGACAUUUCACGGCAGCGAGAUUUCAUUGUGAAAAAUAUGACUGAGAUUGUUCCGAAAUAUCAGUAUAAAAAAACUGAAACUGGAAGGAAUAAUAAUUAUGCAUUCUAUUUGGAGGUUGACAGACAAAGGAAGAAGGUUUGUAAAUUAUUUUUCCUAUCAACACUCAGCAUAACAGACCAGAUGGUCAAAACUGCUCUGAAGAAACUCAAUGGAGAAGGAACGGUUGAAAAUGAUAAUAGAGGAAAGCAAUCGAAAUCUAAAAUUGACCCAAAUAUUAAAGAAGACAUACGAAAUCAUAUAAAAAGUAUUGAUAAAGUUGAGUCACAUUACUUAAGAGCCCAAACGAGCAGAGAGUACAUUGAUGGCAGUUUAACUCUUACAAAACUAUAUGAAUUAUACAAAACAAAAUGUGAAGAAGAAGGAAAAGAGUGUGGAAAGUUUCACUUGUAUUGCACUAUCUUCAAUACAGAAUUCAACAUUGGUCUGUUCAAACCAAAGAAGGAUCAGUGCAAUACAUGUGAAUCCUUCAAGAAUAGUGAUUCACUAAGAAAAGAAGAGUUGAAGAGCUCACAUGAGCAACACAUUUUUGAAAAAAACACCUAG